CAAGAUUGUUACAAGAUUGAAAGAAAACUACUUCUUCUUUUUUUAGUACGUUCUUUCUCUCUCUCUCUCUCUUUUUUUUUUAUUAUUAUUUUAUUUUAUUUUGAAUCUAUUCAAUAAACUCAACUUUCCAUCAACAUGCAAGACGAUCGUAGAACGGAUCUUACUUGUUUGUUAACUAAUUCAACACAACCUCCUUCUGAAGAUAAUAUUGUGAAUUUAUUACAAACAAGAUAUAAACGAAAUCAACCAUAUACUCAACUUGGUCACUUCAACCUUAUUGUACUCAAUCCAUAUCAACCUUUAGAUAUUUUGAAUGAUGCCACUUUACAAAGUUAUGCUGAUUAUGGUUAUCGAAAUAUAUCUGGACAAAAACCUUUUAUGCAACCUCAUAUAUAUGAUAUGGCUACUAGGAUCUACUUUCAUAUGCGUCGUACUGGUGAAGAUCAAACAAUUAUUCUUAGUGGUAUUACUGGUUCUGGAAAAAGUACAACAAAAACACAUCUUCUCAAUCAAUUACUAUUUUUAUCAACUCACAGUAAAAAGGAAUCAAAAUUACAACAUCAAAUUAAGAACGCUUUGGUCAUAUUAGAAUCUUUUGGUCAUGCUAAAACUUGUCAAAACAACUCCGCCUCCAAAUUUGGUAUGUUCCAAGAACUUCAAUUUAGUGAACGUGGUCGUAUUCAAGGUGCAAAAACAUUGACCUAUUAUUUUGACAAAUCUCGUGUUACCUCUGUACCCAAGGAUGAACGUUCUUUCAAUGUAUUUUAUCAACUUUUGGCUGGUACAAGUACUGACGAACAAGCCGCUUUACAUAUCAAUUUUGAUCCAGAUCAUUUUCAUUAUCUUGGUCAUUCCAAAUGUAUACAAGUACAAGGUAUCAAUGAUUCUAUUGGAUUUAGUGAUUUAAAAAGUGCUCUCAAGGUUUGUGGAUUCAAAGCAAAAACAGUUACUCAAAUAUUCCAAUUAUUGGCUGCUAUCAUGCAUCUUGGUAAUCUUCAAUUUGGUGAAAAUCGUGAUGGUGGAAUGGCUACUCAAGAAGCUUGUAAUGUACGAAAUACAGACGAAUUGGAAUUGGUCUCUGCUAUGCUUGGUGUAUCACCUUCAAAAUUAGAAACGUCCCUCACAUAUAAGUUACGUCUUAUUCGAAAAGAACUUUGUACCAUGUUUUUGAACCCUCAAGGUGCUAUUGAACAACGUGAUGCUCUGGCUCGUGCUCUUUAUCAUGUGUUGUUUUUAUGGAUUGUGGAAUCUAUCAAUACAAAAAUUUGUUAUACUGAUCAAGAUGAACCUGCAAACUUUAUUGGUAUCUUGGAUCAAUUCGGAUUUCAAAAUUUCAAGACAAAUGGAUUUGAAGAAUUUUGUGCCAACUUUGCCAACGAACGUAUACAUCAAUAUGUUAUACAACGACAAUUCAACGAUUCUGAAGGAAUCAAUGCAGCGAUGACCAGGGAUGGACUAUAUUUAAACAAGGUGAUUACUAUGGACAAUUCUGGAUGCUUGGAACUACUUAUUGGAAAAGAAAAAGAUCUCAACAAUUCAAAUGAAUCUAGUAGGCACAUUCAAAAAUCUGCUUCUCUUGGCUUGGGUGGUAUUAUGGGAGUCAUGGAUCGUGAUUGUGCAAAAUAUCAAACUGGUGCUACUGAUGCUACUGAAGCCAAUUUUCUUGCCAAUGUACAGCGACAAUAUGGAUCACAUCCUUCUUAUGCAAAAUCUGGUUAUGCUUAUGCUUUUGGGAUCAAUCACUUCUCUGGUACUGUUCAUUACACUGUGGAUGCCUUUUUGGAAAAAAAUUUGGAUGAUUUAUCACCUGAUUUUGUCAAUUUACUACGCGAUAGUUCUACCAAUAUGUUUGUUUCGACUCUUUUCCAAAGUUCAGUCAUGGCAACAGAAUCUCACCCAAAGGACGAUCGAACUAUUGUCAAAGCUCAACUCAGCAAUAAACCAACACGUGCACCCUCCAUGAAACGACCUAAUAAACGACGUAUUAAUGGUAAUACGAUAUCUACACUUGGAAGUACUCCUAUGGACUUAUCUGGUGGUGAGACUACUGGUGACAAUCCUUCUCCUGGUGAUACUGAAGAUAAUCUUCGACAACAGAAAUUGAUCAGCAACAAAGAUACCGAAGAUGCUUAUCAAAAUAUGCAAAUGACCACAGUGACAGAUCAACUUUAUAUGACUUUAAGGGAUUUAUUCAACACCAUGUCUGAUACAACACUUUACAACAUCAUACACAUUCGACCAAAUGAUACGUUAACGCCAGAUACUUUUGAUCCAAAACGAGUUAAAGUCCAAAUACGAGCCUUCCUUCUUCCUGAUCUGACAUUACGAUGCCGACAAGAAUAUGUGAACUAUUAUACCUUUGCAGAGUUCUUAUUACGAUAUCAUCGAUUGGUACAGUCUUUACAAAUUGACGAAGAAACAAAAUCUCAACGUGAACAAGUGGAAACUACAAUGACAAUCAUGAAUUGGACAGAUGAUCAAGCUACUAUGGGGAAUGAAAUGAUUUGGUUAUCUCACGAAAUAUGGAGGGAAUUGGAAGAUGGAUUACGAGUGGCAGAAAAAGAAGAACGUGAACGCUUGAAAACGACGCUCAUUGCACAACAACAACAACAACAACCACUUGAUCCAGCUAUUGAUUAUUCAACAGAAACGUUGACAGCAGGUUUAGGAGAUGAUAUGAUGGAAAAUCACCAAGAUGGAAAUGGAAACAACGAUAUGCACAAUUUGUAUUAUGGAGACAAGCAACAACUCAAUUAUUUGAAUUCCACCAUUUACAACGAUGACAAUGGUGAACAUUUACCGCGAUCCUCCUUUUUUGAAGACAAUGCAAGUUAUGCUGAAACCGAAGAUGGUAUGAAACGUGAAGGAAGUCAAUGGGGUGAUGAAUCCGAAUGGGGAAUGAAAGGAUUAUCUGAAGGGUUUGGUCCCAAUAUGGAUAUGAGCAAAAUGGUGGAAGACUAUCAAACGCCACAACAUGAACAAGUGGAAGAAAUGCCAAUAACGGCCGUUCGUAUUUGGUGGGUUCGCUUCGUAUGGCUUAUGACAUGGUGGAUUCCUUCUCCUUUCUUAAGAUGGUUUGGAAAAAUGAAACGAGAGGACGUACAAAUGGCAUGGCGAGAAAAAGUGACCUUGUGUAUUGUCAUUUUCUUCUUUUCAAGUUUGGUUAUCUUUGUGAUUGUUGGCCUCGGUGAAGUGGUUUGUCCUGGAACUCGUAAUAUGUAUUCUCCUGCCAAUAUCAAAGCUCAUGGUACACCUGAUGAUAUGUAUAUGAGUGUACGCGGUGUCGCAUAUGAUGUUACAAAUUUUGCUAUCGCUGGACAUGGUACUACUGCACACAAUGCAAAUAAGGAAGCAAUGGGUGAACUUGCUGGUUUAGAUGUGUCUUAUACAAUUCCUCCUCCUCUUACAGUGGCAUGUCAAGGUCUUGUGUCCAAUCCUGCGGUACAAGUGAUUCCUAAUCAAACAAUCGAUAUUGGUCCUUUCAAACAUCUCUCUGGUGAUCAAUUAGUGGAAACAACUUUGGCAGACAUGAAGGAUUCUAUGUGGUACUGGAAUACGUUUAUACCAAAUAUGAAAUUAUACAAAAAGGGUACAGUGGUGAUACAACUCUCUCAACUUCAAACUGAUUUUCAAGGAUGGGGAAGAAAGGCAAUGGCUAUCAACAAACGUGUAUAUGACAUUACUGAUUAUCUUGAAACUGCGAAAAACUUUGAUUCUGGUGCUGGGGGUGGUGACUAUCAUUUUCUUUCACCUGCAGUGGAAGAAAUCUUCAACAAGUUUAGUGGUGGCGACGCAACCAUUCAAUGGAACAAGUACAAAGGUGCAAUGUCUGCUACUGAACAAGCUGCAAAUCUGAAUUGUCUCGACAACUUUUUUUAUAUUGGUGAUGUAGAUGAACGGGAAUCGCCACGAUGUACUUUUACAAAUUACCUACUCUUAUCAUUUGCCUGUAUUAUGUGUUUGGUAAUUCUGGUCAAGUUUUUGGCAGCACUUCAAUUUGGCGGGGCACCUACACCUGAAGAUCAUGACAAGUUUGUUAUUUGUCAAGUCCCUUGUUAUACCGAAGAUGAAGAAUCCUUACGCAAGACUUUUGAUUCUCUGACAGUGCUCAAUUAUGACGACAAACGCAAGCUAUUACUGAUUAUCGCGGAUGGAAUGAUUAUGGGAAGUGGCAAUGAUCGACCUACACCUCGGAUUGUGUUGGAUGUGCUUGGUUAUGAUACUAAGAAUGAUCCGGAACCUUUGAUGUUCAAGUCUAUUGGCGAAGGAAGCAAACAACUCAAUUAUGGAAAAGUAUACUCUGGACUUUAUGAAUGUGAAGGCCAUGUGGUACCUUAUGUGGUGAUUGUCAAGGUGGGAAAAGCAUCUGAAAGGGCCAAACCUGGUAAUCGUGGCAAAAGAGAUUCGCAGAUGAUAUGUAUGAACUUUCUCAACAAGGUCCAUUUUGAUGGUGAAAUGACUCCUUUGGAAUUAGAAGUGUAUCAUCAGAUCAAGAAUGUUAUUGGCGUCAAUCCAUCCUUUUAUGAAUACAUCCUUAUGGUAGAUUCGGAUACGGAGGUGCUUCCAGAUGCUCUCAAUCAUAUGAUAUCUUGCAUGCUUCAUGAUGGACGUAUUAUUGGAUUAUGUGGUGAAACAAAGCUAGUGAAUGAAGACCGAUCAUGGACAACAAUGAUUCAAGUAUAUGAAUAUUAUAUCUCACAUCACCUGGCCAAGGCGUUUGAAUCUCUUUUUGGAUCUGUGACAUGUCUCCCUGGUUGUUUCUGUAUGUAUCGAAUUCGUACUCCUGUCAAAAAUGAACCAUUGAUUAUUUCUCCCAAGGUGAUUCAAGAUUAUUCGGAUAAUCAUGUGGAUACUUUACACAAGAAAAAUCUCCUACAUCUCGGUGAAGAUCGUUAUUUGACUACUCUCAUGAUGAAACACUUUCCUUCACACAAGAUGAAAUUCACAUCCCAUGCUCAAUGCAAAACCGUGGCUCCUGAUCGAUGGAAAAUUUUGCUUUCACAACGACGACGUUGGAUCAAUUCAACUAUACACAACUUGUUCGAAGUGGUGCUUUUACCUGACCUUUGUGGUUUUUGUUGUUUCUCUAUGCGAUUUGUUGUUUUGAUUGAUCUGAUUGGUACUUUAACUCUUCCUGUCUCUGUGGUGUAUCUGGCCUAUUUGAUUUAUGUCAUUGCGUCUGGUACAGGUCCUAUUCCUAUUUUGGCAAUGUGUAUGUUGGCUGGUAUUUAUGGUCUUCAAGCUAUUCUUUUUAUUCUGAAACGUCAAUGGCAACAUAUUGGAUGGAUGUUUUUUUAUAUUUUGGCUAUCCCGGUCUUCUCAUUCUUUUUACCCAUCUAUUCAUUCUGGCAUUUUGAUGAUUUCUCCUGGGGAAAUACACGGGUGGUCGUUGGUGACAACAAACAAAAGAAGAUCAUUGUGGCUGAUGAUGAAAAGUUUGAUGAAAAAAUGAUUCCUCUCAAGAAAUGGAGUGUAUAUGAACAAGAAUUAUGGGAAUUAGGCUCUACUGGUUCCAAGGAAACUGGUGUGACUGGACAAAGUUAUAGAAGUUAUUAUACUCAUGGUGGUGGUGGUGGUGGUGGCUCUGUUAUAGGUGGUGGUUAUGAUACUAGAAGUCAAUAUGGAAGUCAAAUGGAUCCUGGUGGCGACUAUGAUUAUUACAGGGAUACAAAUAUAGGUGGAGAUAAACCAAGAAAUAGUAGAUCAAGGUCUCCUAUGCCUAUGAUGAGUGGUUAUCCAGGUUCCGUUAUUAGUGGUGCUCCGAUGGAUAUGACUCCUCCUCUUCAACGUGGUUCUAGAACGAUGUCUCUUAAUAGUUUUGGUCCUGAUUUAGGUCAAUUUGCAAAUACUAUGAUGAAUGAUCGUGGAAGUAUCAUGGGUUAUCCUCAACAACCAUCUUCUGGUAUCUAUCAAAACUUUAUGGGUAGUCGAUCUUCUCUUAUGCAACCCGGUCAACCACAUGAUCUAGACUUACAAUUAAGACCUAUGAGUCAAUUCUCGGUACCUUUAUCUCAAGGAGGUCUUGCUCCCAUGAUUCCCCCUGGAUUCCCAACGGAUGAUGAUAUUUUGGCUGAAAUUCGAAACAUCCUUGCCACUGCCAACUUGAUGAGUGUGACAAAAAAACAAGUACGAGAACAAUUGUCUACCUUUUUUGGAUUUGACAUGACGCCUAAAAAGGAAUUUAUCAACUCAAGUAUCGAAUACAUUCUACGAGAUCGAUUGUGAACAUGUUUUUUUUUAUAUAUAUCCCCUUUCCUUCUCCUCAACCUUUUUUUUUUUUUU